AUGGCUUCCUCCGACGCUCCGAGGUAUUUGGAAAAUACCAUGCCCAUGAAAACCCUUCCAUCUACGCCAAAGGACCUGCUUCAAUCUACACUAGACACCUUGAUACAAACAUAUCCCGUGCCGGAGAGCUACGACGCCCAGCUGCAAAAGGGAAUAUUCAGCGGCUAUACUAGUCUUGCAUAUCUCCUUCUACAAAUACACAGACUACACCCCGAUAUUUCCGUGCAAGACAAGAACCUACGGGCAUGGACGUUGGCCUAUCUAGAGCCUAUCCGCCGAGAAGAACUAGUUCACGGGGAUGAUGAAUAUCGUGCAGGCUCACACAGCGAGAGUCUCUCUGUGGAUGCUCUUCAUUCAUGUCUCUCAGGCACCGAAGAAGAUGUCCAAUCUGUAUUGGCUAGUGUUGCACAGUAUUUAGACCUCGAGCGGCCAUACAUGGAUGAACUCUUCUAUGGCCGGGCUGGGCUUCUGUACGUGUUGCGGCUUGUAAAGUCUUGGGCCCCUGCACACUCUGCCGCUAUCGAAGAGUCUAUAGCCGCCGUGGCGGAAGCAACCCUUCAAAACCGCAAGGAAAAGGGCAAUUGGACAAUUGUCAACACACGCUACUACGGCCCUGCGCAUGGCGACAUUGGUAUCCUCGUGCAGUUGGUGCUGUCGAAACCGUCCAUAGCACCCGACGUUCGCAAUAUCCUAGUGGAACUGCUAGAUUUACAACAGGAGAGCGGAAACUGGCCCACAUCAGAGAAGACUGUACAGGAGGGUACCGACAAAGACUUGGUCCAGUUCUGCCAUGGGGCUCCAGGAUUCGUGUUGUCACUGCAGGCGCUACGGCCAUUCUACCCGGAUCUGCAAGAACGUAUAGACAAGGCUAUUGAAAGGGGGCGUUUGAUUACCUGGGAACGAGGCCUGUCAGUGAAAGAGCCGAGUCUGUGUCAUGGGAUUCUCAGCAAUGCGUUAGCUCUUCCACCGGGAGCUCAGCGCGAGCACUUUCUUUCAUUUUGCACCUUGGAUGCUGUCGAGCAAGCCAAAGAAGAAAACCCGGAAUUAUUUCAGCAGGCGAGCUACACAAGCAAGGUGUCGCCACUGCUCAACUAUCUGCCUAGCGCGGCGUGGACAUGGGCUGUCUGCGAGCUGGACCCGGCACCAAUCCCGCUGUUCACCGACGUGUAG